GCAUCGAUCAGUUCUGGACUUGUGCACCUUUUGAAGUUUUGUGCAGUCGAAGCUGAGCCUGAAGGUGUUCUGGGGGAGUGUAGCUGGUGGUUGCUACGCGGCUGUUGAAGUCUUUGACAGUGGUGAGAGUUCGAGUAUGAUGCAAUGAUGUUUUCCAGAAGCUCAUCUCGAUUCUUUCAGUGCGCAAGGGCGAAUUCCUCUAGGAAUCCACUCCAGAGACAGCAGUGCAACACACACAUUGGACAAUGGCGUGACAGGGUUUCUGUUUCUGACCUGAAGCCAGCUCCUCGUCUAGCCUCUGUUUCCAGUAACUGGAAAGAGCUUCACGCAGAGAGUUUGAGAGACCCCGAGCAGUUUUUUGGUUCAUUGGCGCUUGAGAGACUCAAAUGGCAAGAGAAAUUCCAAGUGGUCAGAAAUGUCGACAUGAACAAAGGCCAUUUAGAGUGGUUUCUCGGAGGAAAGCUCAAUGUCUCAGAGAACUGUGUCGAUCGCCACGCCAACUCACAUCCGGACCGGCCGGCACUCGUCUGGGAGAAAGAUGAGCCAGGCGACACGGAGAUCGUCACCUACCAGCAGUUGCUGGAGAUGGUGUGCAAGAUCGCCAAUGUCCUGAAAGAGUUCAAUGUACACCGUGGCGACGUUGUAGCUAUCUACAUGCCCGUCUCGCCGAUGGCUGUAGCCACUAUGCUGGCCUGCGCUCGUAUUGGUGCCGUACACAGUGUAAUAUUUGCUGGUUUUGGCGCUGAUUCGAUAAGGAGUCGCAUCACGGAUGCCGGUGCUAAAGUGGUAGUCACGGCUGAUCAAGGUGUGCGAGCGGGCAAGACCAUCAACCUGAAGCAGACUGUGGAUCGUGCAGUGGAUGGCUUGUCGCUCAUCGAGACCGUCUUGGUGAUGCAGCGCACCAAAGCCGACGUGCCAAUGAAGCAUGGCAGAGAUGUAUUCCUGGAUGAGGCCAUGCUGAAUGCUCUACCGUGGUGCAUGCCGGAGGUGAUGAACAGCGAGGACCCACUGUUCAUUCUCUAUACAUCGGGCAGCACAGGUCCGCCGAAGGGUCUGCUGCACACCCAGGCCGGUUACCUGCUCUAUGCCGGUCUGACUCAUCAGUAUGUAUUUGACUGUUCUCCUGGUGAUAUGUACGCGUGUGUGGCGGACAUUGGCUGGAUCACUGGACAUUCCUAUGUUGUUUAUGGUCCACUUAGCAACGGCGUGUCCACAGUUCUGUAUGAACCUGGUGUGCCUACCUACCCGGAUCCAGGUCGCUAUUGGGAGAUGGUGGAACGGCUAAGGAUCAAACAGUUCUACACGGCGCCCACUGCUAUUCGUAUGCUGAUGACAUCCAGUGACACGUAUGUAACCAAGUAUAACCGAUCGACACUGCGGACACUGGGCUCAGUGGGUGAGCCUAUCAAUGCAAAAGCCUGGCAAUGGUACCACGACCUACCCGGCGAGCAGCGCUGUGCGGUUGUUGAUACUUGGUGGCAGACUGAGACUGGUGGCAUCAGCCUCACUCCCAGGCCAGCAGGCGAUACGUUCUUGAAGCCCGGCAUGCCAAUGCGUUCGUUCUUCGGUGUUGAGCCGGUCCUGGUGGAUCCCGAAAGUGGUCAGCCACUGGAGGGUAACAACGUCAAUGGUCAUCUGUGCCUGAGUCAAGUGCCGCCUGGCAUGGCUAGAACCAUAUAUGGCUCUCAUCAGAAAUACCAGGACACCUACUGGAAUGUGCAUCCGGGACUAUACUUCAGCGGCGAUGAGGCCCGUCGAGACAGUGAUGGUCACUAUGAAAUGAUGGGGCGUGUUGACGAUGUCAUGAAUCCUAAGGGACAUCGUCUGGAGUCGGCCGAAGUGGAAGAUGCUCUGGUCAAUGUACCCGCUGUCGUGGAGGCCGGUGUUGUCGGCUACCCACACCCACAGUUUGGAGAAGGGAUCUAUGCGUUUGUAGUCGUCAAGGAGCAAACCUCUGAAUCUGACGAGUCUGUCAUUCAGGACAUGCGCCAAGUGGUCAGGCAAAGAGUUGGAGGCUUUGCCGCUCCAGACAGGACCCUGAUUGUGAAAGCUCUGCCGAAAGUGAGAUCGGGAAAGAUCAUGCGUCGCGUUCUGCGUAAGAUCGCUGCCGACAUCUCUGGUGAAGUCGGUGACACGUCCACCUGCGCUGAUUCAUCCGUCAUAGACCCCAUCAUUGAACUCCACGAAAAGAAAUUUCCUAAGUCAAAAUGAAGUUAUCCCCCCCCCCCCCCCCCCCGUCAUUAGCAAAAUAGCCUACAAAGAUCAACAAAACACUUUGCAGAGGUAGCAUGAGUCUGUGCUCGGCAUCGAUCUGACCUUUCUUAUAUUUCCAAACUUAAUUAAUACAUACUCAAGGCGCCUUUCGCCGCCCUGUCUUUAGCAAUCCAGUGUUUGGUUUAUUUCUCAAUUUUCAAGUCUGCCAUGUUUCUGCAGACAGCUGGCCAAUCCUCAUGAGACAAGCUUUUUGAGUCAUUUUUUUAGGAGCGCUGCUAUGUUUUUACUACCGAUAAUUAUACUAUUUCUGCUGCUACCAUGUCUCAUGUGGUCAUGGUACUCUUACCAAGUUUUAUCAUAUUUGUGCUGCCGAGGCUGCUAAUAGAAGCACGGCUUCAUUAGUGGACAUGGAGAGUCUUUGCUGUCUUUUCUACCCACUAUCUCUUGAAGUGCUUGUGUGCCGCUGAGGCUGCUAAUAUCGGCACGAUCUCCUGCGCGGAUGCGGAGUAGAGCCCUCGGUUUCUUUUCUUUCCACCACUACGAGUAUGUGCUAUUUCCCUGCAUUGCGUUUGUCAAGUUUGUUUCGUAUCAUUGACAAAAUUUUAUUAUUAUUUUUAAUCACUUUUUCUUCUUUCCACCAGUACGGGUAUGUGCGUCCUGCUAUUCCCCGCCUUGCGUUUUGUCCAGUUCGUUUCGUACCAUUGACAACUUAUUAUUAUUAAUUUUUUAAACCAUUCAAAGUGGGUUUAUGAUGUUUUUUCUUUGAUCAUUCAUAUCUCCUUAUGAAUUUCGUAGUUUGUGUCUUUCCUGUUGAGGUAUGCUCACGCAUGCGUUUCGCUGAAUGUACUCCAACAGACUUUGUCACAUUUGGAAUUAUCGAUCUGACUACAUGUAUACCCAAUAGCAGUUCAUGUAACAAUAAUUUUCAAAAUGAUAAUUACCUCUUCUUUUCAUGAA